CAGAGUACCCCCUGCCUCUCCCACGGGGCCACCCAGUCCAGCAGACCGGCACCAUCUCCGCUCCGCUUCCCACUGCCCAUGGCGGACGAAACCCUCGCGCCCUCGUCCUCGUCCUCGUCGCCAAAGCCCUGAACCCUAGUCGAGCUCCAUUUCGGGACCCCUAACCGGACCUUCCCGCGCCGCCGCCAUGGGCCGCCGUCCCGAUGUCCGCUUCGUCUCCUCCGGCGUCAAGCUCCCGUCCGCGCCCGCCUCCGCGCCGUCCCCGGCGCCCGCGCCGGCGCUCCUCUCCGCGGCGCUGCCGUUCGCGCACAUCGGCCGCGCCAUCGACGCCGCCGCCCGCCGCCUGGGCUCCUGCCUCCCCCGCGUCCCCGUCGCGCGGGCCGACCCGGCGGCCCCGCCCCCGCUGGCGCGGCGGCAUGGGAAGGACGGCGGAGGGCCCGAGGAGCGGGUGCUGAUCAGCGAGGUCGCGGUGCGGGGGAAGGACGGGGAGCCGCUGGAGCGGGCCGAGCUGGAGGCGGCGGCCGCCGCGGCGCUGCGCGCGUGCCGCCCCAACGCCGCGCUCACCGUGCGGGAGGUGCAGGAGGACGUGCACCGCAUCGUCGAGAGCGGACUUUUCCGGUCGUGCAUGCCCGUCGCUGUCGACACCCGCGAUGGCAUUCGCCUCGUCUUCGAGGUGGAGCCGAACCAAGACUUCCAUGGGCUGGUUUGUGAGGGCGCCAACAUGCUACCAUCCAAGUUCCUGGAAGAUGCAUUCCGUGAUCGCCAUGGAAAAAUUAUUAACAUUAGGCAUCUGGAUAAAGUGAUCAAAUCUGUCAAUGGAUGGUACCAGGAGCGUGGCCUAACUGGGUUGGUUUCAUAUGCUGAGAUACUUUCUGGAGGGGUUCUGAGGCUGCAGGUUUCAGAAGCUGAGGUUAAUAACAUUAGCAUUCGCUUCCUAGACAGGAAGACUGGUGAACCAACUCUUGGAAAAACACAGCCAGAAACCAUCCUUCGGCAGCUUACCACCAAGAAAGGGCAGGCUUACAAUAGGGCACAGGUGAAAAGGGAUGUAGAAACAAUUCUUACUAUGGGAAUCAUGGAGGAUGUUACAAUAAUUCCACAGCCAGUUGGAGAUUCUAAUAAAGUGGACCUUGUCAUGAAUCUUGUUGAACGCCCUUCGGGUGGUUUCUCUGCUGGUGGUGGAAUUUCAAGUGGGAUAACAAAUGGACCCCUUUCUGGACUUAUUGGCAGCUUUGCAUAUUCACAUCGGAAUGUUUUUGGGAGGAACAAGAAAUUAAAUCUCUCUUUGGAAAGGGGGCAAAUCGAUUCGAUAUUUAGAUUGAACUUUACUGACCCUUGGAUUGAUGGCGACAAUAAGAGAACCUCCAGAACUGUUAUGGUUCAGAACUCUAGGACUCCUGGAACACUUGUCCAUGGUGGUGAUCAUCCUGACCAUGGGCCCAUAACAAUUGGACGUGUUACUGCUGGCUUGGAAUACAGUCGACCAUUCAGACCCAAGUGGAGUGGGACACUUGGCUUAAUUUUUCAGCAUGCUGGUGCUCGUGAUGAUAAAGGGAGUCCGGUCAUAAGGGAUUUCUAUAACAGCCAAUUAACUGCCAGUGGACAUGAUUAUGAUGAUACUCUGCUAGCUAAGUUUGAAAGUGUCUACACAGAUUCUGGAGACCAUAGCUCCACAAUGUUUGUUUUCAACAUUGAGCAAGGUCUCCCUGUUCUUCCUGAGUGGCUUAGCUUCAACAGAGUGACAGCACGUUUGAGGCAGGGAUAUGAAAUUGGUCCAGCUAGGCUUCUUCUAAGUGCUUCUGGAGGUCACGUGGAGGGAAAUUUUCCACCUCAUGAAGCAUUUGCUAUUGGUGGGACUAAUAGUGUAAGAGGAUAUGAAGAAGGUGCUGUUGGCUCUGGGCGUUCUUAUGCCGUUGGUAGUGGUGAAGUUUCAUGCCGCCUGUUUGGGCCACUGGAAGGCGUGAUCUUUGGCGACUAUGGCAGUGAUCUUGGUUCUGGUCCUAAAGUUCCUGGUGACCCAGCCGGAGCUCGUGGAAAGCCAGGCAGUGGCUAUGGCUACGGUGUUGGCGUCCGCGUGGACUCCCCACUGGGACCUCUACGGCUUGAGUACGCCUUCAAUGAUAAGCAAGCAAGCCGAUUCCACUUUGGUGUUGGCUACAGAAAUUAACCUGUAAAUUGGUCACAUUCAGAUUCAACCUUGUUCUUCUAAGCAUUUUGGGCUGGUAGAAACUAGAAACUAGUGCCAUGCCUUCCAUUUUUUGGCGAUGCCAAAGCAAGUUUUGCUUAGGUCAGAUUUCAUUUUUUGUAACAUAUAGUUCCUUCACUUCUGUCGAGUGUUCUUCAGCUAGAGAAAUUAAAUGGACCCUUACUGGUAGAUCAUCCUACCUCUGAUAUCUGGAAGGCCCUAUAGUGGAACACAAGAAGGUACGAAGAAAGAGGGAUGAAUGCUGUUGUAAUAGCAUUGCACAUUCCUAGCGCAUUUAUGCAUGUGUAUAUGUGCUCUAUAAAACUGAAGGAGCUGAGUAGAGGAUUUGCCUUUUUGUCACAUGGAUGACAUGAUUUGUUCUGGCAAUGAAAAAGGUUUCAUUUGGUGGUACAGCAUGGUUUCCAGAGUUCCCUUUAAUACAUGUAUGUACAUGCGCAUCUGUAAGUUCUCUGACAUGCAUAGCAAAUAUGCAGUCUUUAUGUGCGAGACAUGAUCUCAAAUACUGUAUACAUGACUGUGUGACUUGGCCACUAUAGCAAGGCCAACCUG